UCGUGGUUGUGUUCACUGUCAAUGUGACAAUUAUUGUAAUGAAAUGGAUUAUUGGACUAUUCUUUUAAGGUUGGCGCAAAAUUUUGCAGUUUAUGCUAUUCUAAGAGUUACUUUUAAAUUAAUUUGGCCGUAUUUAUCGACUGCUAAAAAUUUAGUGAUGAAAAAUACAAAAGUGAAGUAAUUAAUAUCGUAAAUUCCAAAUUUAAGUGAAAAUGGCGGAUUCGGAAACGUUUUUAACUAGCAAUAGACGAGACUACAAAUGGCCAUAUCCAAAGCCAAUGGUUUCUAGACCUUCUGAACCUCCAGCACGCGCCAAACCUAACAAUGAUUACGUGGCUACACUAGUAGAACCUUAUUGUCACUGUGAUUUCCAUCUAUACGAACCAGAAAUGGGAAGGUACAAAAAACUGGCUCAAAAAGAAAUGCAGCUUUACAAGGAACUAGAAGAACUCAGUAAGAAGAUGGCAAUAUUAUCCAGCGAUAUCCUUGACCAUCCUUGUGACAAUGAUGAUGAAAAAAUGGAGACUAUCUAUCAAACAGAUUUUAUUAAAAAAGGCUUACCUGUUACUGCAUAUAAAAAACUGAUGGCAGCUAUCGAUUCUCCAGUAGGAAUUCCAGUUAAAGGAGAAGUUAUAGGAUUAGGUCGCGGACAGAGAGAUCCUACUAAAUUCAGGACCAGUACCUUCCCUAAGCCGUUUGUAGAUGUUUGUCCACAAAUCAGUUUCCAAAGAACACCAACAGCAAUAGAUGAGUGGUUUGUACACAGAACGGGUAACAGCGAGUACUAUGAUACUAUUAACAAUAUGGGUGUUAAUAUUAUGAGGUCUCGUCAACAGUAUACUAAACCUCUGCUUACAAGUAGAGGUAAAGAAGACGACCCUUGUCGCUAAGUACCAUAAAUAUCCUCAUUGAUUUAUUAAGAAAUAAAACAAAUAUUUUUUUGGUUUCAA